AUGAUGAUGCUUUUGGCAGACAAAUGUCGGAGCCGGAGGUUGAUGCGAAAGCCGGCCGGAAGCCCCGACCAGUUCCUGUUUGCCUUUUCCGUCACUGUGUCUGGUGCUGCUAUUAUAGGUGUGGGAGGGGCCCGUGAAUCGACUGGAAGCCAGAAGAAAUUCAUUGUUUCUCUUUGGUGCGUGGCGCAUCAAGAUUUGGUCUGCACUCCUACGCGGGAGGACGGAGAUGUCGAUAUUGAUAGGUUAAUAGCUAGCUUAGUUAGUUUUAAAAGGAAGCUAUUAAUAAGCCUAAAUAUUAUAAAACUAAAAUAA